AUGAUUGCUUCAGAGAUUUUUGAAAGAGGUGUGCAAGAUCCAUUUUGUCAAGAUUGUGAUUAUGAAGAUGAAACAGACGUGCAGAGCUUUUUAGGUUCAAACGAUUUUGUCAAUUCCAAAUUGGCGUCCUUUAGUUUUGAAAAUUCCUCGAAAUCAAACAAUUUCCAUCACAAUAGCAGUACUAAUGUUGGAAACGCAAGCAGACACAGGGGUAAUCAUACUAUUGGUCAUCACUUGAGAAAAAUCAAAACAGCUCCGCAUCAUUUGUAUGGCUUUGCCCCACAAAACUCAACGAACAAUUCCAACGAACCAGCUCGCCCUUCUCCAAGAAGAAUAAGAGCGAACAGCAGUACCCUCAUUCACCAAUUGUCCAGACAAUCCACAAGACAGUCUUCUUUGAGUGAUGCGCCGGACUCCUGUUUUGAUCAUAAAUGCAUAAAGCCAAGGUCCAGGCAUUCUUCCUGUUAUGGUAUACCAACGCAUCUAUACGGCCUUGAAAAAUACGUUUCAUCGGAGUUAGACUCAAUAGCAGUAGCUAACGACCAUUCAAAUGAUUUUACUUCCCCAUUAACAUCGGUUUCAACGCCUGCCUCGAAUUCCAAUUCGUACUUGAACUUGAAUUCGAAUUCUGCUGCAUAUCCGUCGUCUUAUCUCUCCAAUGAAAGGAAUAAUCGACUAAAAUUGAUUUCUCAUGGGAAAAUAUCAUCAAACAACGUCGCGGGUCAUAGCGGAAAUCCUAACCACUAUCACAAAGAACGAACGCCAUCAAAUUUGAGGAGGGAAUCCUCUUCAGUUCUUUCUACUGGUUCCUCUUCGUCUCCCUUGCAGACAAGAAACAACUCGUAUUCCAACUCCUUGGUUAAAUCUUCUUCUAAUAGUUCGUUGAAUACUAGUGUAGCUUCCUCUAACGAAGAAUCCAUUCCCCACACCUCUAAUUGCUUGGAGGAAAGGAAUCCCAGAAGAAAAUCUUUCAUAAAAUUAUCACUAGCGAGUUCAUUCUCUAAUUAA